UCACCGCGUGUGCUGCCUUGCCGCAUCGCUGCCCCCUUUCUAAAGUCCGCCAGAGAGACGUACGCUUGUCUGGGAUGUCUCCUCAAGUUGCUUUUUUUCGACAGAAACGCCCAUUUUCGCCGAUCCGCGAUCGUCCGCGUUUUGCGCCAUGAGAGAGGGAGUCUGAUUGAUGAUGAUAGUGCAGUGAAGUGAUAAAGUAGGUGUGCAGGAAGGUUGGCGGGGAAGUGGCCUCAAUAAGCCUUGGACUGGGGUGGGAGUGGACGUUGUAGUCGGGCCGUGGCUCAAAGGCGCAUCUUCGCUUAUGUCCACCGACACCUGGAGCAGCAUUUCCUUGGACAACUCAAUGCUGAAUGCUCGUGGCUCCUUGUUUCGUUCCUGUGCCUCCCUCUACUCGCCGGUGCGACGACCUUGGGCGAUCAUGGCAUCAUCGUGAUGUGAGAGCAUGCACACUGGCCUUUUGUCCAUCCAUUGAGUGCACAUCAUGGUCUCAUCAAUCAGGCUGAUGUAGUGUCGCCCUUGGCCAGUGUGGCUUUCAUUGCUGCGGGGAGUCCACGGCGGUUGACACUGACAGUCCCACACGCUCCAAAUCCCAGAUCACGAGUUCGAGCACUACAUCGCGUGGGUUAGCCAUUUCCCCCAAGCGAGUGACUCAUCCUUUCCCUGUGAAGAAAUUUCAUGAUGAGGGAGAAACGGUCUCGACUCAGGACCUGUUUUGGUGGAAUUAGUGAAACUAUGUAGUCCUCUGUAUGGUAGUAUAAUCAUGUAUGUUGUGUACAAUAUGUGUUUUUUAUAGUAUGUGGAGUAUGGAUGUAGGCAAUUUUAUGUAUUACUUAUUAUUAUACAUACUUUGCUGCAUGCUUCACUGGAGUAAGGCCAUGUUGUCACCCAGUGGUCUUCAAUUGUUGGCAAAUUGACCAGGCCCAUUAUGAUGAUGAGGGCGAUGAACUUCUGCAGCUCCUCUCUGGUGAAUGGCUCUCGUAACCAACCGUGGACUCUCGACCGAGGAGGGAGGUUGUG